AUGCUGGCUUGGCUUCUGUGCCCACCAAGACUGAGACUUACAGGGCCAAGUCACAAACAUGGCACUAUUCGGCUCUGCAAUGUGAGCUCCUUGAACUGGCUCAACUGUGGUCUUUUCAAAUAUGGCCACAUAAGGAUAGCAUCUUUCUAUUGGUGGAGGAAAGGCAGUGGCAGAGAUUGUUCAAGUUGCCUACGUAUAAGAUUGAAUAAGUGGGACCCUAACUACCUCCAGUUGGGGCCAACACUCACUGAAAGGGCUAUAGCUUCUCUUUCUGAUGAUUGGAGGUGGGAGGCAAAUUACAAUGAAAAAAGACAAAAAGUGCCAGUGUUCAAACAUGAAUACCUCUUCCCCCACAUCUAUAAAGAGGGGCUUUUUUUUUUCUUUCAUCUUUUUAUUAAGGUAUUAUAUGUGCACAUAUCUUACCAUUGCCCCUCCACCCCAUUCCCAUACAAAGAGGGACCUUUUGAUGUGAACCUGGUAUUGCACUUCAAAAUCUCUGCAGCUGGUGUGAAGGGAAACCUAUUCUUGGUCUUCUCUUGA